AUGGCACAGCCAACCUUUACAGAGGCGUACGGUUCCCAACCGGCUAAUCCAUCCAAAGGCUCCUGGCUUGCCCGCGUGUCCCACCGUGCCAGCCAUAUCCCAAAUCAUCCGAUCAAAGGUCCCGGAGGUGCCUCGAGGGAUUCAUUGCCAUUGCGGACCCCAGGAACUGCCGGAUUUGUCGCGCCUGAUCAACUCCCAGUGCCUCAAAGGACCGCCAGCUAUCCGACAUCCCCCAUCGGUCCUGACAGUCCCGCUGAGACCGAGUUCUCCGCCACUCCCAUAGAUCCCACAUUUGGCGACCGCACUCAAUCACCUGCACACAACGAUCGCGCCGUGUCACAGCCCAGACAAAGGACCACACGCCGCGGGACCGUGACCCAGAGCGACAUUUCGCGCAACGACUCUGAGGAGAAAAUGGACAAAUAUGCUACGCAUGGAGGCAAUGACGGCUAUGACAGUGAAGCUGAUGCUGACGAUGAGUUCGAACGUGGCAUGUUCAACUCGUCGUCAAUUCCAGAAGGAUACGACGAUGAGGACGACGAGGAUGAUGACGAUGUUAGUGAUCAUCCGUCGGACGAGGAUGAGGACGAUGAUGAGCGUGACUCUCUAGGAGGGGAAGAUACUCCGACGACACAAGGGUGGGGAGAUCGUGAGGGCCAUGGGCCGUCUGGCAAGAUGACGGAAUGGACCGAAGAAGACGUUGCCGAAUAUCUGUCCGGGUUAUCCUCUCCUCUGAAGCAAUAUGUUGAGCGGUUUGUCGAAGAAGGUGUGAGCGGGGAAGUUCUUGUUUCCAUUGGUCAUGAAGAACUUCGGGAACUGGGCGUCGCAAGUGCUGGACACCGAUUGACCAUACUGAAGGCUGUAUACGAGCACAAGACAAGGUCAGGGGUGCGGCUGGAGGAGGGUGAUUACGCGCCGUUGUCCACUGAAGGAGAGAAGUCAGAGACGACAGCCACACAGGAGGAUAUCACACGGAUCAUCGAGUCUAUUCGACUACGUGACCAGCGUAUCAUUGCGGCCGAGGCCGAGCUUCGUGCCAUGCGACAAGAUCUUGACCGCCUGUCAGAGGAGAACAAAAAGCUGAGGGAAGAGACUCUGCCUGUCAUGCGCUUGAUGAAGGAUCAACGUACACCUCUACCGGAUCCAUCGACUUCGUCACCUCGUGAACCUGAUGCGCCAAGAUUGCAACAACAACUGCCACAACCUCCAUCGCAACAACUGCAACAGUUGCAACAGCUGCAACAUCAGUCCUUACAACUCCAGGAUCCCGGAAAGGGAAGCUCGCUCAGUAGGAAAUUCUCCAAACGGAUCAACCCAAUGUCCAAAGACGUCUCCAAGCAGAACUCGCCAAUAAUGUCCCAUUCGCCUGGGAUCCGUGAUGACGGCCAGCCUCAUCUAGAAGCAUCAGCCGCCGCCCUCGCAGCCAGCUCUCAUCUGACAGCAAGCAUGACGAAUUCAUCAAGCCCGAAUCAACAACAAUUGAGCCCUACAAGUCCCGCUUACACCAUUCCGCUUCCACAACCUCCGCCUAGCGCCUCAUAUUAUCAACCUCCUACAGCCAUGCAACGAACUUUCCCUCGCGACGGCACACAAUCUGCGCGACCAAACCAGCAAACUUUCUUUUCUCAUAACGACGAUUCCAACGGUAGCGGUCAAUGGAGUGCAAAUAAUCUGAUUCACGAUGUACCACACAGUGCGCGACUUCCCCCCACCUCAUCACGGCGACAGCCUACUCCCAGCCCACGCGAGGAUGAAUCGCAAUCAAGCCGAGCACCCACAUCAUACGGAUCAUCGUCGACUGCAAAUGCCGCGAGCACGAGUGCACCUGAAAAAGAUAACCCUCAAGUCGAAAUAUUCAAAUCUUUCAGGGUCAGCAUCGACGAUCCUUGUCGUGUUGUGCUACCCGUCGCGCUCAAACGAUAUAACAUUACCGACGACUGGCGCCAAUAUGCGCUUUACAUUGUGCACGGGGAUAUGGAGCGAUGUUUGGGUCUCGACGAGAAGCCGCUUAUGCUGUUCAAGCAGCUCGACCGCGAAGGGCGUAAGCCAAUGUUCAUGCUGCGACGGCAUGCUUCGCCUCAAGAGGGUUGGAGCAGCAGUACCGCCAAUUCGGCGGCGGCGGCAGCAGCGGCCGGAGCAGCGAAUACAGGUGGCCAGCAACCACAAUUUGACGCGGCUGGUGUCAGUGGUCAGACUCGGGCCAUUCCUGGAGGCGUCCUUUGA